AUGACCCGAGGUUUAUCCUCUGGUCCACUCCCACCCCGCCGGUCGUCCCAACAGGCCCUCCCAGGCAAACUCACCUCGAGCUUGGACUAUGACAUCCUCCUCGACACCCUUAUCUCCUAUCGACCGUUUCUCCCUCCUGCAGCGCUCGCACGAUUGCUCAUCAUGCGCUUUAUGUGGACUCUUCAGCAACCUCCCGCAGACUAUCACCCCACCGAGAUCAAGCGACAAGAAGUUGUACGCAAGAUCGUACGCCUGCGGACGAUGCUCGUCAUGCGCUGUUGGCUGCAAGUCUUUUUCCGUGUCGACUUUGUACACAACAAGGAGGCACGUGAUGUUCUAGUGCUCAAGCUUGUUCGGCGACUAAAGCGGAUCGUGCGGGAAUGCAAGGACGCAUAUAAUCGGGAUGUUCAGACUGAGUUCGAGCUUGGUCAGAAAGACUCGCCUAUCGCCCCUUCUGCUGCUCCUCUUCCCCCUGUUCGGCAUAACGCGAAUCCUGUCCCACCAGAGGAACAGAAUGCGGAAGAUAUCGACCUUUCUGACCUCUCCCCGCGGCCAUCUGUAGACUACGACCGUCUUGCCGGCCGCUCGGCUGCAGAACAGUAUGCGCAUAUGGCCACGUACGGCAAGCCCAAUCCUUCGUCGCAGCUCAGGGAGAGCAUCCGCGGUUUGGCAGACUUUGUCGCACCCCACCAAACCGCCACGGUGGAAACGUAGGAACUACAGAUGGCCGGCUUGGGGUUGGUACCAGAAGC